GAGGGUUACACUUUAGGUUUUUGGGGUAGCCGUGAACGCGCUUCCAUCUUCCCCUUGUGAGAAUCGUUGGAAGAGGAGGGAGCGCGCCUCAGAGUUCAACAGCUGCAGACAGUGAGGAGCAGGACUCGAACAAAUAUGAUUCACAUUCAAACAAUUCAAUAGGUGAGCUGCUCUUCCCCACAAACAAAGAAAGGCGUUUUAUAUGUGAAAUGAAGAAGCAAGAAGUCACACACUUCGCUAUGAACUCCUGAAUUGAGUGUGCUCGUAGUAUCAGUGUCAUUAUUAAUCCGGAAAUUCUCACUUGGUUCCUAAUAACCCUGACAGUGUGUACAGCGUCGCCCCUUCAGAGGAAAAUGCCGACUCACUCUCUGUCACCGUUUGUGGAGAGCCCCGAUGGACUUGCUCAAUAUAUUCUUCUUGGUAAUGCAAGCACCCCAGGGCCUGGCUCCAGCAUGACACCACACACCACAUACUCCGAGAAGGCGGUUUUGCAAUCAGGAGGAAGUGUGCCACUAUCUUGUAUGUUCUGCGAUCAGACGUUCACCCACCAGGACGAGCUGGGACCCCACGUGCUGACACAGCACCCCAGCACCUUCUCUGAGCCGGCGGUGCUCAGAGUCGAGGCAGAGUUCAGGAUGCCAGGAGAGAGACCCCGGUCCAAACACAGCAGCAUCCCCGCCGAGGAAGAGGAGGUCCACAGCUGCAUAGUGUGCGGACAGGUGUCGCAGGAUGCCAACGAGCUCGAGGCCCACAUGAGGAAGCACAAGGACUACUUUACUUACUGCUGCAGCUUCUGUGGACGGCGGUUUAGAGAGCCGUGGUUCCUGAAGAACCACAUGAAGAUGCACGUGAAGCCAGGAGCAAAAAGCAAGGCCCAGCAAGAUCUGGAGACCCCCGCCACUGUCAAUGGUAUCGUCCAAGGCCCUCCUCCAGAACCUGUGAGCACUGUUUACAAAAUGUGCAUGGUUUGCGGCUUUUUCUUCCCCGACCACGACAGUUUGGCUGAACACAGCAAGGUACACAAUCGAGAGGUGGAGCCGGGCAAGGAUAAAGACGAAGAGAACAUGGAAGACGCUUCUGCCGAGCAGGAGACAUUUCUUCGCGGUCUGGACCUCGUGCCUCGCUCUUUAGGAAAUACAGAGAGAUCAUCGAAGUGGAUUCCCCAGCUGGAUCCAUUCAACACGUAUCAGGCCUGGCAGCUCGCAACAAAGGGCAAGAUAGCCGCUGGCCCCAAUAAUAUUAAAGAUAUGGGCCAGGAAGCCAGCACAGACAAUGAGGAAUGCGGCUCUGAUAAGGAGGAGUUGAAUAAUAUUUGGUCUGAGGGACAAGGAGACAAAGCCACCAAAGAAGGCCUUGGGAAGGAGCUCCCGUCUCAGUCUGUAGCGGAGAACCCAGCGCCGAAGCGGAGGUCUCUGAUGCAAAAAGACAAACACAAAGAAAGGCCAACCACCUGUGAGGAAUGUCAGAGGACUUUCAGGACCUACCACCAGUUGGUUCUCCACUCCCGGGUCCACAAGCGAGAGCGAGGGGGCGGGGAGAGUCCCACUUCCUCUCUGGAAGGGAAGCUGUCGAGAGGAGGUUCAUUCGAUCACGCAGAGGAAGGCUGCGAGGAGGGAUUUGAUGAAGCAGUGUUGGGUCCAGGUGAGGAUGGUUUUGAGCGAUCAAAAGUCAGAUCAAAAGCGUGCAGUUAUUGUGGCAAAUCUUUCCGAUCGAGCUACUACCUCACAGUUCAUCUCAGGACUCACACAGGUGAAAAGCCAUUCAAGUGUGCGUACUGCGACUACGCUGCGGCCCAGAAGACUUCACUGAAGUAUCACCUGGAUCGCCGCCACAAGGACAAACCCUUAGUGGACAUCCCCAGCAGACCCGCGCCCUCUCCUAACGGUAAAAAACAUGGAAAUGAGGAAAGUCCCGCUCCCAAUAGCUCCAAACUCUGGGUUCCCGGAACCAGAUCGUGCACCAACGAAAUGCCAGAGGACAGAUUUGAAAGCAUAAGCAGCAAGCUCGGCAAACCCCUCACCCAGAUUAAUGCUGAGUACGAGAAAAUUACCGCCAAGUCUGCGUACUCCCCGACUGGCGAUGUGGUCGUAAAGUGUCCCGUACCGGUGAGCCUGAAGAAGGAAAGGGAGGAGAUAAAAGAAGAACACUGCGAGGCGCCGUUAAAUCUGUCCUUAAAGGUGUCUCUCUCCGUCCCCGCCGGCGCAGCAUCCCAAAAUGCACCCAUUACCAUUUCCUGCUCGCUGUGUGCGUAUAAGACCAUGUACCCCGAGGUUCUGAUCAUGCACAAGAAGAUCACGCACAAAGACAAGACAGACGCCGUGAGAAGGAACGGUUGUUGGAAAGCAAAACGCUUCACAGGCUGCCCCCCUGCGCUCGAAGGGAAAGAUGUCAUUCCUCUUGCGAUGAUCAACCGGCGCCACCCUCGUCGAACCCAAUCCCCUCCCCCCCAACCUAAGAAACCACAAGAGAAGACGCCCGAACCUCCGAAGCACUCGCCUAUCCGUGCACCCGUAAAGGAUGCUGUCCAGGAAACCCAGCGCAGCAUCGACACACAUCAGGAACCUCCCAGGUACAAAGAGGUCAUGAUGAAACCAAACGCGGGCAGCAAGUUCACGAUGGAGCGUCCAGGCCCCCCGGAGAGGGUGGGCAUCGGGGAGAGGAGUUACCCGGCGAGGAGCGGCGUCAUCUGGCACUCAGAUGCUGCCCGGCUCUGCCUCUCCAGCCGGUUCGGAAGCCUCCCUCAAAUGGAUUUUGGUGAACCUUCGAGCAAGAGAUUAAAAUUCCGGGGGCUCCCGGCCAGCAGUGAGACGGACCCCGGGGACAUGCGGGGCUUCAGAGGAGCAACCGGGAACAGGAUGCUCAUCCCCGGGAGGAAAAGCAUGCCGCAAAUGCCCGGUCCGUCCACAGUCUCCGAGACGGCUCUGAAGACGUCUGCAGCUUUAGGAGGUAGCUUGGACGCCGAGUGGGGCAUGAUGAACCUCCUGCGCUCCUACUCCCCCAACGAGCUGGCCUCCCUCUACCACAGCACAGCGGGAAACCCCGGUCAGCUGGCCAACCCCAGAGCAGGCGGCAGAACUCUACUGUACCAACACUUACCAACAAUGCCCAGCCUCCAGAGGAGAGAGCCCUCAGGCCCUUUCCCUCACCAGCGCUACGGGACCACUGACAAAAGCACCUAAAGUGGCUCCGAGGUGGAAGGUGGAAAACUGUUUUUGAAGCAUAUACAACUAGAGCUUUCUUUUUGUUCUGAUUUGCGAACCCUGACCAGAGUAGUUUUCCUGGCGCUGGUAUAAAAGUCGUAAUUGAAAAUAUUUAAAAAUAAUUAGAUUUGAGCCAUCAUUUUUUGGAGAAUUUGUUCAAAUGAGGAUGAAAUAGAUAUGAUUUAUGCUCUCCAAACAUAAUAUUAUUUUCAGUAGAGGGACGUCGUGGUGCAUUGACAUUUCAUGGCUGAGGCCUUUAGUGUAUAUUUUCUUUUUUUGAAUGAAAAAAGGGCCAGUCAUCUCCUUUGGAAGACCCACAGGUGUGCACGGUGAUAUUUGUUUCUAUUCAAAGCUGUUGCUUAAUCCAAAUUGGACCCACACUAAUGUUCAGAUACCUGUACGUGUCUAUGACAUAACAGUACACUUUGUGGGAUGACAUAAAUAUAUCUGUAAGCUUUCAGUGGAUAGGAAUUAUACAAAGUAAGUAAUGUACAUUGUGUGUAAAAUUGCUGCUCUGUUCACUUACUGUUACGUCCGGGCGGUAAUUAAGCACUAUCAUAUUGUUUUUCCUUUUUCUACGGCACUGAAGGGUGGGGAUGUUCUGUUCAGUGGCUUGAUGGCUCACACACAGGCCACAGUACCAGGCCCUGUGUGUGUGUGUGUGUGUGUGUGUGUGUGUGUGUGUGUGUGUGUGUGUGUGUGUGUGGUCUACCUCAUGUUGUCACACUGUUAUUUUUGUAAAGCUGCUGUAGCCAUCAUGUCAGCUGAGCCUCUGCCCCUAGUUACCAACUAGAGAUGGAUGUUUUGACUUGUAGUAUAACUAGACGGACUUGUAUAACUACAUGUGUUUGUCAGGCGUCACUGUGUUUGUCAGGCACCACAGAAAAAGAACCAAAUACAGAACCACUGCUGGUGGGGCCUCCUCAGGCGAACCAUUAACUGUAACACAGAACAGAUGGUGUGGUUAUUCUUUGUCCUUUUGAACCGGUUUUCAUCUGCUUUAGUGGUGCCGCAGAUCCAUACGCUGUAAAAUGUACCAAAUUUCCGGAUUUCUGUUAUCAAAUGGCGAUGCUGUAUUAUUUUGGACUUGUCACUAUUCAGGCAAUGAAGUGUUAAUUAGUUUCAAGUUGCAGGCAGCGGUUGUUCCUGGAUAGUCAUCAGGUGGCAGAUGUAUCUCUUUCGUUUGGAGGAGAUAUAGAUGGUUGAGAAAUGGAUGAAUAUACACUGUGAACAUAAAGUCUCAGGUUAAAUCAUAUACAAGCUGUUUAGUCUUGUGUAAUUUAGUAUUUUUGCCACUUUGAAAGGCUUGGGUUAAGUUAUUCCUUUUUGUUUUGUUUGGAAUUCACAUUACAUGUGUACUUAUGUAAAAAUGAAAAUAUUGUUUGAGAUUUGUAUGAGACAUUUCAAUAAUAAAGUGAGGCGAAAAGC